GGCACCGACUGGAAGGAGGGGCAUGGGUGGGGGGAGGUGGAGGAGGGAGGAAUAGGGCCAGUGUCUCUGGAGGGCUGGUGGACAUUUUAAAGUGUAAGAGAGGGGACCAAGAUCGUGCCGGACGAACAGUACGUGAGCUCCCAGGCCGACCCCUCCCCCCAUUUUCCCCUCCGCCCUAGCUCUGUGGGAGGGACCAAGCUCGAAGCGGCACCCGCUUCUGCCGCAACCCUGCCCCGGCCAUGGGCUCGCCUGCCCAAUCAGGAGGCCUGCGGCGAGAGGGACUGCGCACUCCGCCAAUGGAGGAGGGAGCACGCAGUCGGUGGCGCUAUGGGAUAGGCAAAUGGGAGAAGGGGGCGGUGCUUAGGUCCCACCCCCUCCAGCCUGGACCGGAAGUCUGGAGGGAGGAGGAGGCGCUGCUAGGGGAGCGAGAAGGAAAAGGAGGAGGAGCCACCGGGAAGAAGGAGGGGUUCUCUGGGGUGAGCUCGCCCAUUUAACGCUCCCUCUUGGUGUACGUAGACCCCUCGGUCUCUGUUCUCUGAGCCCAGCGGAGGAAGCCCCAUCCAGAAACUCAACAUGUCUAUUUUGAAGAUCCAAGCAAGAGAGAUCUUCGACUCUCGUGGAAACCCCACUGUUGAAGUUGAUCUCUACACUGAAAAAGGUCUCUUCCGAGCUGCUGUGCCCAGUGGGGCUUCUACCGGUAUCCAUGAGGCCCUGGAGCUCCGAGACAAUGAUAAGACCCGCUACAUGGGGAAGGGUGUCUCAAAAGCGGUUGAGCACAUCAAUAAAACUAUUGCCCCGACCCUGGUUAGCAAGAAAGUGAAUGUUGUGGAGCAGGAGAAGAUCGACAAAUUGAUGAUAGAGAUGGACGGCACUGAAAAUAAAUCUAAAUUUGGUGCAAAUGCUAUAUUGGGAGUGUCUCUGGCUGUUUGUAAGGCCGGAGCUGCUGAGAAGGGUGUCUCCCUGUACCGCCAUAUUGCUGACCUUGCAGGCAAUGCUGAAGUCAUCCUUCCAGUUCCAGCCUUCAACGUGAUCAACGGUGGCUCCCAUGCUGGUAACAAGCUGGCCAUGCAGGAGUUCAUGAUCCUCCCUGUUGGAGCGGCAAACUUUAAGGAGGCCAUGCGCAUUGGAGCUGAGGUCUACCACAACCUGAAGAGUGUGAUUAAGCAGAAAUAUGGACAGGAUGCCACCAAUGUAGGGGAUGAGGGUGGCUUUGCUCCUAAUAUCCUGGAGAAUAAAGAAGCUCUGGACCUGCUCAAGUCUGCUAUUAGUAAGGCUGGCUACGCUGAUAAGGUCGUAAUUGGUAUGGAUGUCGCUGCCUCAGAAUUCUUCCGAUCUGGGAAAUAUGACUUGGACUUCAAGUCUCCUGAUGAUCCCAGCAGAUACAUCUCCCCUUCUGAGCUUGGGGACCUCUACAAGAGCUUCGUCAAGGACUAUCCCGUGGUGUCUAUUGAAGAUCCCUUUGACCAGGAUGAUUGGGGAGCUUGGAAGGAUUUCACUGCUACUGCAGGCAUCCAGGUGGUAGGGGAUGAUCUCACAGUGACCAAUCCCAAGCGCAUUGAAAAGGCUGUGAACGAGAAAGCCUGCAACUGCCUCCUCCUCAAAGUGAACCAGAUUGGCUCCGUGACUGAAUCUCUCCAGGCGUGCAAGCUGGCCCAGUCCAAUGGCUGGGGAGUGAUGGUUUCUCAUCGUUCUGGGGAGACUGAAGAUACCUUCAUUGCAGACCUGGUGGUGGGCCUCUGCACUGGGCAGAUCAAGACCGGUGCCCCCUGCCGAUCUGAGCGUCUGGCCAAGUAUAACCAGCUUCUCAGAAUUGAGGAAGAGCUGGGCAGCAAGGCUAAAUUUGCUGGAAGGAACUUCAGAAACCCUCAGGCCAAGUAAGCUCUGUGACCAGGAGGCCUAUGAGCUCGCAGGUGCCAGUCACCUCUGUAGAAGUCUGCUCCUGCCCUAAGAGUGGGCAGCACCAAGUACUAGACCAGUUUUGUUUUGGGCGCAGGGGCCUCCGCUGCUCAACUUCCCUCUCCCUUCCACCUUUCUGUGAUGUUCUCACUGCUUCGUUAGAACUGUCUUACACCAGAGAUGACCUGAUGUUUGGUUCUCUGUCGGAAAACCCUUAUCAUCUUGUGACUGGGAUAGAAUCACCUGGUCUCACCCCCAACCCUGGUGUUGAUGUGUGGAGCCCUGUCCUUGUGAUGCAGUCCCGAUGAGCCCACAGGCCAGCUCCUUAGUGGCUUCUAUGUGCAGAAUAAAAGUAUUCAGUAACCCACUGGAAAA